UUGGGGUCCGGAAAGCCGUCGUAUCGUAUGCUGUGUAGUGUAUACCAAGUUUAUGAUUAUUUUGCAAGAAAUUUUAUUUGAACGUAUUUUAUGUUGAAUAUAUCAAUAUAAACAGUUGUUUCUUGUAGAAUUUGUCUAAGUUGGCUUCAAAUUUUUAGUGUCGAAUAUACGAAAUAGACUUUACGUAUAUAAGAGUUAAGUAAAUAAGGUUUAUCUCGUCUUCAUGGUUGGUGUGUAAUGGGCUUGGGCAUUGCAGCUUUCAUGGAUGAUACUAAAGUGCAUAGUUGCCGGUUUUUGGGAGAUGAUUUGAGUUCUGAAGAUUUUUGAGACGAGAGUAACAUUGGUUCAUCUGGAAAACUAAAAGUGAGAAUUUUCAAUUUUCAACAAAAGUAUUGUACAACAGAAGUUUAAAAAAGAUCAUUAAUGAUCACUAUAAGAAAAGUGAUCCUUUAAGAAGUUUGAAUCUCCUGAUAAAGGAUAUUUCGUACAAGUUAAUAAGGAUGGUAAAUGUUUAGUUGGAAGCACAUCGGUUUCUCAACUAUUGCUGUGUCCAGCAUUGUUGGCAGCAGUCUCAUCAAUACUUAUGAUAACCACAAAGUUCACUUCGAUGUGGACGAUGAUCUGGUUGGGAAGGACAAUGAGAUCAUUGUCCAAAAGAAGGCAGACAAGAUUGAUGUUCAUUUGGGAUUUUUACAAAUAAACCACAGAUAUAAGAUCAACUUCUCAAUCCCCAAGUCCUUGUGCGAGAGUGAGACUGGUAGCCAGGUGUCACUGCAGGGGGUCAGUAACCCGCACCUGCAAGUGAUCAGUGCUACCAGUUCGCAGGACUUGAUAGACCUGCAUCUCGAGCUUUACGCUCACAAGGAGAAACUGAUGGUUGAGGAGUUCAGUUUCCACUUGACAGACGUGACAGAUCCGGUAACAGUGGCGUUGAAUGCUAGAGUCCUGGGAAAAGGAAAGGGUACUCCCCUGCUGAAAAACGAGAUUCAUGUUAUACAUGCACCACCUGAUGUAGACAGCGAUGCAUCUUCCGACCAAUAAGGCUAUUGUUAUUUGUCCAUCACAUAAAUCAGUUUUAGAUAUUUUAUUUUUGAAUGACACUUUUGUGAUUGAUUUUUUGUUUUUGGGUGUGUGUGCUUUUAUCGGUCAAUUAUUGUUUACCCAACAACAAGACUAGUGCUUCAUCUUAUCUCACUAAGAGCUUUAUGGCAUAUAAAUUUUCAAUUUAAUUUUGUUUUGUCUCGUUAGGCAAAAUAAUUUGCUAAAAUUUUUAUUAAACUGGAGUCGAUUCUACUUAAAAUAAAAUAAAAUGCAAAUCCCAUAAAGUAAGUUAAUGUUUUAUGAUCACAGACAAUGUGUUAAACUAGUUACAAAAAAGUUUUGCCUAAGACUAUUACAUAUGAAACAAAUUUUUUGUGUUAACUUAAUAAAAGAAUACAAAUCAAUCAAUUUUCUUAAAUUUGUAAUUAUGUACAUUUUAUUUCUUUGCUUCAACACAGUAUCAGACAAAUAACAUUAAGCAAACAUUUUAAUGUGAAUACAUGCAGUAUUUACUGCAGAAGCAUUUCAUUAUUGGGUUUUGAUUACUUUUGUAAAAAGGAAUCGUAGAGAAGUGUUACUUUAGUAAACUUUCUAAUUCUAGAAUCGCUCCAGUAAAAAUGUAGUACAUUUGUUGAUUUAAGUGAUACUGCCAAACAGUAAUUUUAAAUAUAUAAUUGAUAUUGCCCUAAUUUGCCAUAGUAUUAGUGAUUAUUUGUAUGGUGUAGGGUUGUGGACUCGUAGCCUCUUGCAUUUUUAAUACAUUCUAUGAUGACUAGUUGCUCACUUUAAGACUUCUUAAAUGUAAGGUAUUUUUAUUACUUUUCUUUUACAAUGAUGGAUCUUGCCAUCAGAUAGAAAUAAAACUGUUAAUAUUCCCCCAUUACUAAUCCUAAUCCUUAUACUAAUCGUUUCCAUGAGAUUAAAAAGAAUUGUUUGGAAUCCAAGUUAGUUAUUACUAUAAAGUUCUGCUUUAUUGAUUAUUUAUGAAUGUAAUUAACACUUAAGUAGCUACUAAAGUGGCCUAAAUCUCUCGUUCAGCUUCUGUUUACUAUUUCACUGCCGGUCCCUAAAAUCCACAUUGUAGUUAAUUAACCAUAACAUCUUGUAUUGAGGCUUUAAUCUAACUCUUGCAGGAAAUACUAUUGUAUUUGUAAUACAGUAAAUCUUCUUCCCUAGUCCGGAUGUCAGUUAUCUGUAAUGUCAAUAUGCAUAUAUAUAUAUAUAUAUAUAUAUAUAUAUAUAUAUGGAAUUAACAUUAUUUUACAUUAUGGAAUUAACAUUAUUUUACAUUAUGGAAUUAAAAAAGAAAAACACAUAAUAACGAAACAAAUAAAUUAAGCAGUAACUCUUAUUACAAAAUGUAAAGUCAGAAAUUUUUUCUAAUUUGUUGACGGAUAACUGUUUUUGAGCAUUUUAUUCUACCACUCUUAUAUACAGUGAUCAGUACUAUAAAGAUUUUUUAAUAAUAAAUAAGAACAAUACUAUCAACGGAUUGGUCAUACUUCUUUUAUAAAGUAAUAUGAUGGAACAAAUAGACUACAGAUCAGGAACGAUCGUACAAUUGAGAAUCAUGAUUUCUUGUUUGUGGUUAAUUAAGCUAUGUAAAAUAUUCUUAACACUAUAACUUAAAUAAUCUUAUAAUAGAUUGUAUUGAUUGUUAAUUUAUUACAUGUUAAUAAUUAAUUAUAAUUUAAAUUUCGUUGGCCCAACCAUUUUCUAAUCUGCCGUAUACCAACUAAAAGAGUGUUUGCUGUAACAGUGAAUUUAAAAUAAAAUUUUCUAAACUAUAUAAAAAUUACGUAUGUAAUUGUUACCUAAUGGAAGAUAAUUAAAGCCAAGUUUGCUGAGUUUUCAUUUAUUGUUCUUAUGCUUGGAUAGGUCUUUCACAGAAAUAAUGUAACAUUUUAGUUAGUCGUACUGUAGUAGAUUAGUUUUAGGAGUUGUGAUGAUAAAACUAAUUGCUUCGAUUUAAUUGAUUUUUUUGUAAAUAAUAUCCAUUAUUACAAUUAAGUCUAGUUGCAAGCAAUGAAACCACCAGUCUCGAAAUUAUGUGGAUUAAUAAUGUAAAAAGUUAAUCAACUACUGAAAGAUGUUAUCAGUGCAUACUAAAAUAUCAAAUACUUGCCAUAUUACUAUGAUAAAAUGAAGAAUUUAUUGUUUAAGUAUUUAUAAUUGUAGGUUAAUGUAUAGUUUAUUUUUGGUAUUAUAUUACAGUUAAAUUAACCUAAACAUUGAUUGAUAUGUUAAUGAUAUGUGUACCAUAUGUGAUAUAAAAAUACAGUUAGAGGGGA